CGUCUCUAGCCCCGCCUCUCACCCCACAGCAGCCGGCCGGUCGCUCCCCCUCCUCCCCUCAGAGCGGUUGAUAUGACGUCACCGCGCUGCUGAGCUCCGUUUCGUUGACAGCGCGGCGGCGGCGGCUUCCCAGAGAGCCCGGCGGGAGGAAGACAGCGGAGAGAGGGAGGCACGGGCACCGGGCGCGGGAUACUCACCCACAGGGAGGAGGAGGAGGGAGGACAUCGUCCCCCUAAAUACCAAAACAACUAGCUCCUCCUUUCGCGCCUCACCGCCCUUCGCGGCCAUCUCUCCAUUAUCGCCAUUUUUAUCUCGUAUUCCUAAUAUCGCCUGAGGUGGAGGACGAGGGGUUUACGCUGGGUUUUUGCCUAUUUCCCCCAGCACCCCCCCCCCUCCGCUACACGACAGACCGGGGAUACCACAACCACCAUCCGCCCUUCCAAAGACCUUCCUGAGGGCUAGCCGGCCGGGCGGCCAUCCUCCGUACCUCCCCCCGCCGGUGUAAUGAAAAUUGUUGAAUGAAUUCGAGUUUCAUUAAAUUUAUUGCUGGAGUCGCCAUUUCAGCUCAACUGAAGCCACUCUGUGGCAUACUAUACUUUUGAUCCAGGGAUCCCUUAGGAAUUGUCAACUCCUUGAGGUGUCCCUUAUCACAUUCACAGGACUUUAUUCAUCAUGGUGCUCUCACAGAGACAACGAGACGAGCUAAAUCGGGCAAUAGCAGACUAUCUUCGUUCCAAUGGCUAUGAAGAGGCCUAUUCAGUUUUUAAGAAGGAAGCAGAACUAGAUAUGAAUGAGGAGUUAGACAAGAAAUAUGCUGGUCUCCUUGAAAAGAAAUGGACAUCUGUAAUCAGAUUACAAAAAAAGGUUAUGGAAUUAGAGUCAAAGCUAAAUGAAGCAAAAGAAGAGUUUACUUCUGGAGGUCCAAUUGGUCAAAAACGAGACCCCAAAGAAUGGAUACCUCGCCCCCCUGAGAAAUAUUCUCUAAGUGGCCACAGAAGUCCUGUAACGCGUGUCAUUUUCCAUCCAGUAUUUAGUGUUAUGGUCACUGCUUCAGAAGAUGCAACAAUUAAGGUGUGGGAUUAUGAGACAGGAGAUUUUGAACGUACACUCAAGGGACAUACAGACUCUGUGCAAGAUAUUUCUUUUGACCAUUCUGGCAAGCUUCUGGCAUCCUGUUCUGCUGAUAUGACUAUCAAGUUAUGGGAUUUCCAAGGAUUUGAAUGCAUCAGAACUAUGCAUGGUCACGAUCACAAUGUUUCGUCAGUAGCUAUCAUGCCUAAUGGAGAUCAUAUAGUGUCUGCCUCAAGGGAUAAAACCAUUAAGAUGUGGGAUGUGCAGACUGGGUAUUCUGUGAAGACUUUCACAGGGCACAGAGAAUGGGUCCGCAUGGUGAGGCCCAAUCAAGAUGGUACACUGAUUGCCAGCUGUUCUAAUGACCAAACAGUUCGAGUUUGGGUGGUAGCAACAAAAGAAUGCAAAGCAGAGCUUAGAGAGCAUGAGCAUGUGGUAGAAUGUAUUUCUUGGGCUCCUGAAAGUUCCUAUUCUACCAUACUGGAUGCAACAGGAUCAGAGACUAAGAAGAGUGGUAAGCCUGGGCCGUUUUUGUUGUCUGGAUCAAGAGAUAAGACUAUUAAGAUGUGGGAUAUUAGCACAGGCAUGUGCCUAAUGACACUUGUUGGCCAUGAUAACUGGGUGCGCGGCAUUCUGUUUCAUCCGGGAGGAAAAUUUAUAUUGAGCUGUGCCGAUGAUAAGACCCUUCGCAUUUGGGACUAUAAGAACAAACGAUGCAUGAAAACCCUGAAUGCGCACGAACACUUUGUUACCUCUUUGGAUUUCCAUAAGACUGCACCUUACGUGGUCACUGGAAGCGUAGAUCAAACAGUAAAAGUGUGGGAGUGUCGUUGAUUUGAAUUCACCUUGGGUCCCCUCGCCUAUUCCCUUUCCUCUGGAUGCACUCAGAUACCACGGUUACCCAUUCAGCUCUGUUAAAUACCUAUUGUCCUUUCAUGUAAAUUAUUCUGGAUGUAGAUUGAGCUUAUUAAAUGUUACACAAAAAGUAUUCAUGCAUGGUGAAUCCAAAUUGUAUACUGUAAAUUUACAUACGUUGUCUAGAAGUACCAUAGGUUUAAAAACACGGGCAGGCAUUGGUCACAUCAGACCUAAGAGGCAAGAUCUGGGUAAUUCUGGGGUGUCAGAGAAGCGGACUAUGUAACUUGCUCCAGCUGCAGGAUCAUGCCUGAUGUUAUUUUUGUCUUCAGUUGUGGUUUCCUAGAUCAGUGGACUCACUUCAGAAGCACAUUUGUGGGGCUUUUUUGAAAAGUAAUGUGUAUCUGCUACACUUUUAGUGGGCUUUAAAAACUCACCCUUUGCAUUGGAGUGUCCGCAGAAUAGGAGAACUUUUGUGAUGCGGCAGCACUUGUCUUUUAUGUAAGUAAUGAUUACUGCAGAACAUAGCACUAAAUACUUAAUGAUGCAGGAUAUUAAUCUUCCCCCACUUGGUUUUUAAGGAUUUGGCUCUUUUUCAAUUUGAUUAGUAUCUAAUAAUCGCCACCUAGGGUAUUUCAGGGGCAUUACACAGUUGAUGGCCUUCAAGGGAAUGAUUGUUGGAUGGUAACCAAAGACUUGUCAUCAAAGGUGAAAUAUGAAUUAUGCAACAAAUUUGUCACAAGAUUAAAGUAGUUACCUCCAUAAAUGUUUGUACUUUAUUACAGCCACUUUGCAUGUGUAAAACAUUGUUGUAUUUACCUCUUCUUUAUUUCAUUGUGUGUCUCAGGGUUAGCUACCAUCAUGCCUUUUCCCUCUAGAGGCUCUAGAGAUCACUUGGGCUUCGGCAGUUCUGCAAUUCGAACUUUAAAUUAAACAAUACAAAGGCUACGUGGAUAUUUUGUUGUUGAACACUUCAAAGCCUUUUGGAUCCCAGUAAUGGAACAUUUGAUUAUUAGUGUUGGAAACCUUUCUUGCCUCUACUCAAGCAUUGACGCUACAAUACUCCUGUCAUGGUUUCCUACCAUUUAAUUCUUGAAUCUCACUCCUACAGAACAGUUUUUUCCCUUGCUAAUAUUUAACUGUAGUAAGUUAUAAAAAAUAGUGGCCUGUGGUUUUCACCAUAGCCUAUUGCAAUUGAUUAAUGUAAAUGUUGAGGAUUCUUUACAGUAACUACACACCUGCCCCAUCAGAUACUAGUUUCCAUAACUUUCUUUCUCAUUUUUGUUUUGGGAAACCAAAUUCACUCAAAUUCCUAUUUAAAAAUCGAUAUGUGGCUAAGCAUGUGCCCUUUCAAAUAAAUGAUAAAUAUCCAUAUUGGUGGAUGACAGAUUUUUAUUUUCCCUGUUAAUGAGUGAUCGACAUUGCCAAACCACUGUCAUUUUGUGGUUUCUGAAAGGUUUUUGGCGUCUAUAGAGUUCCAUCUAUCUGGCUGCUCUGAUAGCUACCACCUGUACUAAAGUGCAGCCAAGCCUUUUGAUAACAAGAAAUGAAGAGGUAGCCACCUCUGACUUGGUUUUUAUGACCUGACUUCUGUAGCUUAAAUCAUGAAAACACAGAAAGACCUGGUUCUAGUUUUGCAAUUGUUUGGUCAUUUACAUUUUAAAGCUGGAUGUUUUCACAAACGUUUACAAUCCUUGUAUUGGUUUGCAUUUGUUAGUUAUGCAUGUUACCUUUUACUUCUAAAACUUGUAAUAUUUUGUAUUUUUGCCACCUCAGCUAUCAAGUGGUUUUGGAACCUUGGCAACAAAACCACAGUAAGACAACUUAAAAAAAAAUAUUAAUUUGUAAUAAAAGGAAAUCAAAAAUAUUGGGGGAAGGGCGGGUGAAGAGGGGGAGCAGCAUUUACUUAUUUUCUCCUGACACUUGUGCACUCAUUGUAUAUAUUGAAAAUGUUAGCUAUAAUAUUGCUAAAAUCCACUGGCUCAGUUAUGCAAGUCUCCCUUCAAGUAAUCUCAACUAUGAUUUUAUGCCAGUUGCAUUUCUAAAACCAAUUCCUUUAUUUUUUACUAACUGCCAUCAUCUAAUUAUCAUUUGUGUUAAAACAAUAACCUGACUCUUUUUUCUUCUUUAUUUCCUCUGACCUUUUUAUUCCAACUAAUUUCUAAAAUUCCCAAAACAAAUAUAAAACGUGCUGAAAUAAUGUAAUCUGUUCUCAUUGUACAUCUUUUUGCAACUGUUGUGGCACAACAAUAACUUAAAAGUAUCCGUUUACAUGAUAAAUGUAGAAGUUCAACUUCACACAUAAUACUCCUCUGAAUAAUUAAAGACAACAUCUACUGUUUUGGUGCAGAUGUAGGUGUGGUGAUAUGAAUUAAUAUGUAAACCAGUAGAAUUCUACAUUGUUUGAUUCUUUGCCUUUAGAUCUGGACUAGAAGCUUGGUGAAAGAAAUGUACUUCUAGCAAUGCGUUAGAACAGUGGUAGGCAACCUUCAGCGCUCCAGGUUGUAGACUACACCACCCCUGAUGCUUUGCCAGCAUUACGGCUGAUGUAGUCCACAUCUGGAGUGCCACAGGUUGCCUACACCUGCAGUAGACUAUUGCAUUCUCAAAUAAUUACACAAGAAGGGAGGGUAGUUGUGGCUUUUAUAGUCCCUUUUAUUCAGUUUUUACUUGUCUAGUCUUUCGACAUAGUCAUUCAACAUCAUGUAAAUGCCUUUGAAUAAACAAAAUAUAGAGUUAAUCAUAUUUUAUAUAUUGAAUUGUGGCUCUAAAUUGAAACUCUAACCAACAUUUACAAUGAUCAUUUACAAUGAUCUCAAUAUGUGAUCUAUUUUAUAGCUUUCCCUCUUACAAACACUUUGUAGCUGUCAUUGAUCUUUGCUGAUAGCCAGCAUUAAUCUUUUAGUGCCACAUGGGUGCUCAGAGUAUCGCCUUCUGACACUAAAUAAAUGUUGAUUCCCAGUGCUGAUGUGAUUUUUCAGUGUGCCUUAAUAUUUCCUCCCCCUUCUGCUUCACUGUGUAUAUUGUAAUUUUUAUUUUGUCAAUAAAUUAACAAGUCUGAACAUAAUGCAGUUGCCUUUAUGAAGGCUUUCACUUGAACAGUAAAAUAUUUUGGCGUUGAUGAAAUCACUAAGAUGUGUGUCUGGGUUGUCAAGAAAUUAUUCACAUGAUCAAAAUUUCGAAAAACGUAGACCAGUAUAAACAGCGACAUUUGUCAUUCUUGGAAAAGCAACACCAAUUUUGUUAUUCUAUCAAACUGUCUUAAAUCAAUCAAGGUUAAUGAUGUGUGGAGUUUUAAAAGUAGGAAAGGGCAAUAUUACAGCUAUCCAUAUCAAAAUGAAACUUCAAAAAUGUUGUGAAAUGGUUGGCAAACACCACAAAAGUGUCAAAUAAAAUGCACAGCUUGUUUUGGGUGUGAGCUGUCAGACUUUCCACUGUUUAAUGCUUUGAAGAUUAUCACCACACCAAAUGUUUACUAUAACCUCCAAAUGGAUGUUUAAUUUCUUUGUAAAUACAUUGUGUUUCCCCUUGCCGCAUAACAACCAAUUCAUUCCUCUGUAUAAUUUUUAGUAUUGCAAAUAUUUAGCUCUUA